AUGGAGGAAGAAGACAAACAAUACUUGCUACAGGCAAUUUUUGAUGUGAUAAAUUCCAUCGACCGUUUUUCACAGUCUCGAGACGCUAAUGUAGACUACCAAGAGCUUAUGCUGAAACUUGAUUUUUUACAACGGUUACUAGUAAAUAUGAAUCUUGAUGAUUCGAUAUGUGCAAAUGUUGGAGAGGCAUAUAAUAUUCUUUUCAAUAUGGAACAAAUGGAACACCAAUCCAGACAAGAACUCCAAACGCGAAGUGAAAAAAAUAAUGCUGCUAGACAAGUUUCUCGAGCAAGUCGUGGCCGACCCUCGUACGAUAUAAAAGAAGAACAAUUAUCGUUUCUUCUUGAAAAGGGGUUCAAGGUUUCCGAAAUCAGCAAAAUAAUCGGGGUCAGUAAACGGACAAUUGAGAGGAGAAUGGCGUUUUUUGGACACUCUGUAUCAGGUACUUCGUGCUAUUCACGAUCAAAGGCUAGUGCAACCUCGUCCCAAGAGCAAAGAGCCUGGGAACGAGGUUGAGGCUAGUGUAUAGAAUCAGGGCCGUUCAGGGGGGGGGGGCAAAGGGGGCAAUUUGCCUCAGGCUCAAGGAAGGGAGAAAUAAAUUAAAGAUGUUAUAAAAAUCUAUAAAAUAUUAUUAAAUAGCUAUAGAUACUUAGAUAGAUUGCUAUUAUUAACUGUGAUAAUAAUCCCAAUGGGAGAGGGGCCCCCAGUUGAUUCUUGCACCGGCCCCCCAAAUUUCUCUGAACAGCACGGUAUAGAAUACCUGAUCACUUCUGAGGAGUCAUAGAAUACAAGGGCACUUACAAGUUACAACAAAUUUACAGCGAGUUUGUAGGAGUGGGGAGGUUAGAAAGGAAAUUUAUAGAGUGUAGUCUUUUUGUAUUCAGUAGUUCAAAGUAAUGUAUAAAAAUUCAUGUAAAAUACACAAUAAAAACUUUACUAAGAUUUCUUAUCCCAGAUUUAAUAUCAACUUAGCCUGGCUUGUCUAUUUAGGUAAGGGUUAUUGUUAUGUAUAGGAUUAGAGUAAAGGUUAGGGUAGAAUAGGGUUAUGAUUAUGAUAAGGGUUGUGUCAAGGUAAUGGUUACUGUAGGUUUAGGGUAAGGAUUAAGUUAGGGAUUGGAGGAUUAGAUUAAUUGCAUAAUUAUUUUCACUUCAUAUUACGAAUAUAUAUGGCCUUUUUCUUGAUCAGGGAUUUCCAAAAAUAUGUGACAGAAAUCACUAUACUAAGAAUGAAGAAAAAAUGGCUAAAUUGAGAAACGGUUAAUUAACCAUUGUUACUAUUACUUAGGUAUGUUCAGUAAUAUUGGAGAUGAUGAACUGGAUGAUCUUGUGAGGGAAGCUUCAAAUAGCCAUCCCAACUUUGGUUUGAGAAUGAUGAAAGGAUAUCUUCAAAGUAAAGGUGUUCGUGUCCAGCGUAAGCGAAUACGAUAUUCUCUUUUGCGAAUUGAUCCUAUUGGUUUAAUGCAACGCUGGAAGAUGGCCAUCAAAAGGCGGACUUACAAUGUGAAAUAUCCACUCUCUCUGUGGCAUAUUGAUGGAAACCACAAGCUUAUUAAGUAAGCAUCUUGCUAGCUAAUAAGAAGGCAACUAGUGUUGUGAUUUAAAAUCUUUUUUAUCCAUACUAAAGGCUUGUAAUUAUAUUGCUUACCAGUUGGCGAAUUGUAAUCCACGGAGGAGUAGAUGGUUAUUCUAGGAUGCCAGUAUAUUUGAAAGCAUCAGACAACAACCGUGCUGAAACUGUCUUGCGGGAAUUUCUGCAAAGCGUGGAAGAGUUUGGACUUCCAUCGCGUGUCCGCUCUGAUAAAGGCGGCGAAAAUGUCGAUGUUGCAGCCUAUAUGCUUUCUCAUCCCCAACGUGGUCCUGGUAGAGGUAGUAUGAUUACAGGUUUGUAAUUGUUAGUGAACAUAGUCAGUACUGCUUGUACUUUUCAGUAUUUUCCUCAAAGCAAUUUUGAAAUUUUCAAGUUAUCCUCCUUUUUGCUUUUUUACGUGUUAUUGUAUUUUUUACCAGGUAAAAGUACACAUAACCAACGAAUUGAGCGGUUGUGGCGAGAUGUAUUCAGUGGUUGUCUCAGUCUAUUUUAUGGCCUUUUUUUGACAAUGGAGGAAGAAGGGAUUCUUGACCGAGAAAAUGACACACAUAUAUGGUGCCUGCAUUAUGUCUUUUUGCCCAUAAUUAAUGAACAUAUUCGCAAUUGGAGAGAUGCGUGGAUUCUUCAUCCAAUCCGGACAGAGAGAAACAAGACGCCAUUUCAACUUUGGGUUAUUGGGCUUGAACAUGCCAGAACAGUGGAAGCAAAUAGGAUCAUAGAAACAUUGCAGGUAUGUAUGGAUCGUUGGGUCGUACUUAUGCAAGCUCUAUUUAGAGGAACUGUUUAAUUUAUUCAUAACCUUUUUUAGUUCUAGUUUUUUUUUUAAACUAAUUUUUCUUUAGGAGCCUGUUGAGUAUUAUGGUAUUGAUUGGGCUGGACCAAUUCCUGACCAAAUGCCAGAGCAAGUGGAUGUUCCAAGUGUAGAAUGUCCAUUCGAUGAAGAGCAGUUACGUAAUUUGCCAGAAAAUACUUGCCAUACUCAUCAACAAGGCAUCGAAUUGUUUCUGCAAAUUCUUGAGUUGCUUUAA